AUGCGUUCGAACAUUGUCCUCCUCGCCGGCCUGGCGGCCUCGGCCCUCGCCCUGCCAACAGAUAUCUCCUUUGAUCGCCGCGGCCUUAUCGCUGCCGUCGGCCUCGACCUUGGCGCCAUCCUUACCAAUGUCCUUGGCGGCGGCGAGGAGCGCUCGACAUCGCUCUUCUCCGGUCUCAGCGCCCAGGGUGCGGCAGCUUUGGAAGGAGGUGCCUUGGGAUGCAAUGCUGGCGAUAUCCACUCCGAAGCUCGAAGUGAGUUGAAGUCGUGGCUGUCGGGCUCCCAGGCCGACAAGCUCGACAAGUCUCUGAGGGACCACCUUCUGUCCUGGUGCGGCUCUGAUUCUCUGACUCUGUCGGCCAAUGUCUUGGCCGCCUUGUCUGUCUACAUCCCGACGUGUGCAGACAUCGCCGCUCAAGAGCAGCUUUACGUUACUAUUGACGGUAUAUUCUCCUCUGCCGACCUUGAGUCUGAACUAGUCAUUAGUGUCUCGGCUCGGGCUGCUCUUGAUGUUUUCAUUUCUGCUUCCCUUGAUAUUGAUGCCAACAUCCUUGCUGGUCUUCGGGUCUGUGCUGCCGGUGGUGCUGUCACCAGCAUCUCUGCCGAUAUCAAGGCCGCUUUGCAGGCUUGGUUGUCUCGCUCGGACUGUGGUCUUGACUCCUCAUUGCGGAUCACUGUUCUCGCCUGGGUGGAGAGCCGGGUGGCUGGUGAUUGCGGUCGUAUCGGCACUCUUCCUGACACUGCUCUAAAAUGUGUUUCCUGCGGUUCCUCCAUUACUGUCUACGUGGAGGAAAGCGGUGUCUUGGGUGCCAGUGGCAUGGCCUUCCUCGAGGCUUUCCUGGAGGCCGACAUUUCUGUCGAUAUUGACGUCAAUGUCCGGACUGCCCUGGAGGGCUGUGCUCGCGGUGGUCUGGCUUCCGACCUCGACCUUGAUGUUCGCGUUUCCCUGGCUGUGUGGUUGUCUGGCUCCAGCUGCUCACUGGGCUCUGAGUUGAAGUCCGUCAUUUUCUUCUGGCUGUCCUUCGCUGCAUCGGCUGAGGUUUCCGUUGACCUUGUCAGCGGCCUGCUUGUUGAUAUUACUGGCUUCUUGUCCGAGACUCUCAUUUCCACCCUCAGUGUUGGUCUACGAGGUGCUUUAGGUCUCUGCGCUGCGGGCGAAAGCAUUACUGUCCUGUCGCUCGACACUCGCGCUGAGCUGGCUUCCUUCCUUGGUGGUUGCACUGGUAUUGAGAUCGAUGUAACCAUUGAGAUUAUCAUUAUCGAGUGGCUCACCGGCUGCAGCAUGCCCGGUGCCCCAUCUGGCCCUACUCAUACCAGGACCGCUCCCAGCGGACCGACUACCACUCCUUGUGAGACCAAUACUCCUCCGCCUCCACCUCCGACAACUACCACCACUCCAUGUGAGACAAAUACUCCUCCGCCGCCUCCAACAACUACCACCACUCCCUGUGAGACCAAUACUCCUCCGCCGCCUCCAACAACUACCACCACUCCCUGUGAGACCAAUACUCCUCCGCCGCCUCCAACAACUACCACCACUCCCUGUGAGACCAAUACUCCUCCGCCGCCUCCAACAACUACCACCACUCCCUGUGAGACCAAUACUCCUCCGCCGCCUCCAACAACUACCACCACUCCCUGUGAGACCAAUACUCCUCCGCCGCCUCCAACAACUACCACCACUCCCUGUGAGACCAAUACUCCUCCGCCGCCUCCGACGACUACCACCACUCCCUGUGAGACCAAUACUCCUCCGCCUCCUCCGCCUCCGACGACUACAACCACUCCCUGUGAAACCAAUACUCCUCCGCCUCCUCCGCCUCCGACGACUACAACCACUCCCUGUGAGACCAAUACUCCUCCGCCCACAACCACCCCUCCUCCGGUCUCGCCGCCUCCUGGCACCGUUACCAUUACCGUCACGUCGACCACGACCGUCUGCGAGUGCGAUUAG